UGCGAUUCGAGACCGGAUACCGGAUUUUAGCAACACACAAUAGUGCAAUGUAAACAUUAGGCCUACUAAACGAAAUUGGUCGAGAUGAAAAGGGUCGUGGUAUUUAGAAAUGGUUCAUCAGUCGAUGGCAAAGUGAUAUCAGUUACUCACAGUUCUAGUCUGGACGAUGUACUUUCUGAAGCUAGUAAGAAGCUGGGCUUGGUUGGCCGUAAAAUCUACACUCCCGAGGGGGGCCUCAUAGAUGAAGUCUCUCUUUUCAGAGAUGAUGAUAUAGUUUACAUAUCUAGUGGGGAGCCAUUUAAAGCUCGAGCGGAGUCAAGCUCCACCUCAUUCCACAGCAAGAGACGUGAUAUGAGUGUAGGUGUUUCCCAGUGUAAUCAAGAUAAAUGGGUGACUCUUAAUGUGGGUGGCAUGCUGUUUUCAACUACCAGGAGUACUCUCACACAGAAUGAUCCGGACAGUAUGCUGGCACGGAUGUUCACAGACAAUUCAGACUCUGGGUGGAACAGCAGUGUGGAUGAGAAUGGAUCCUACCUCAUUGAUAGAAGUCCCCGAUACUUUGAACCUAUCCUGAACUACCUUCGACAUGGUCGGCUUAUUAUUGACCGGAAUAUCAACCCUGAAGGGGUAUUAGAGGAGGCAAAGUUUUUUGGUCUGACAUCUUUAAUGGAACAGUUGGAGGAAAUGAUUGAGAGAGAGCAACCGGCAGAUGAGGACAGUCCUAUUGUUAGACGAGAGUUUGUUCUUAAACUACUGGCAACCUCUACAGACAAAGAGCUGAGAUGUCAGGGCCUCAACUUCACUGGAGCUAAUCUCUCAAAGCUAGAUUUGCGGGGCGUCAACUUUAAGUAUGCAAUUCUUAAAGAUGCCAACCUUAGUGGAGCCAACCUUUCUUUCUGCAACUUUGAGAGGGCUGAUUUGUCUCAUGCUGUUAUUGAUAGCGCAAACCUAUUGGGGGUGAAGAUGCUGUGUGCUAACAUGGAAGGGACAUCACUGCAUAGCUGUAAUUUUGAGGAUCCAGCGGGAACUAGGGCCAAUAUGGAAGGGGCGCUUAUGAAGAGCGUCAACCUUGAAGGAAGCCACAUGGCUGGUGUUAAUCUCCGUGUAGCCAACCUGAAGAAUGCCAACCUCCAGAACUGUGAUCUACGUGGAGCUGUGUUGGCAGGAGCAGAUCUAGAGAACUGCAAUCUCUCUGGCUGUGAUCUUCAAGAAGCUAACCUGAGAGGUGCAAAUUUGAAAGGAGCAGCCUUUGAAUUGAUGUUAAAUCCCUUACACAUGGCUCAAGCUGUCAGAUGAGCAGUGCAUGGGAAAUAUGAAAGCCUCAAUAAGCAAAAUAUGUAUUUGCUAUUCAAACCUGUCUUUCAAUUUGUAUUAAAAAACCUUACAUUGGGAAAAUCACUUGACAUCAGACCUUUCUCAAUUCCAUAUUUGUUCUUAAAAAUAUCAACAUGGGUUAAGUAGCUAGGGAAUUUCCCUUUUCACCACAACUUUUUUCCAUUCAUAUUUAUUCUAAGAAAUAUUGAAACCUUUACAUGCAAACCUUUUUCUAUUUCAUGACACUUUAUACUACUUUGUUUGAAAUUUAUUACAUACACAAACAAUUCAUGAUUGAAAUUUUGUGGGGGUUUAAUUUUCAUAAUUUUAUCUCAUAGCCAAUGUAACGAAACAUAAAUAUACAAAUGUUAGCAGAUAUUUAGGUUAUGGCAUUAUGACCAUCAAAUCUUCUUUGAAACCAUUAGGUGUAGACAAUUGAUAUUUUGUGUGUAUCAUCAUAUAGUGGUUCUGUAUUAAGUUUGUUCAAAUCAUGGCGUGGGGGUCAAAACUGGCCCCACGCCCGGGGUUACAAGUUUACUAUAAUCACAUUUUGUUAAAUUCUGAUAGUUAUUUAAAGUUCACUCUGAAAGCCAGGGCAGCAAAUCUUGCUAUAUUGUCUCCCUUGAUGUUGGGGCUUACUUUUGGAAUUAUUUUCUUUUUAGCUCACCAGAGCACCAAGUGCUCAAGGUGAGCUAUUGUGAUCGGUCUUUGUCUGUUGUCCGUCUGUCAGUCAAUCAGUCUGUCCAUCCGUCAACAACUGCUUAAAAAAAUCUCCUCUGAAAUUACCAGGCCAAAUUCUAUGAUACUUCACAGGAAGCUUCCCUGGGUGUCCCUCUACAAAAAUACAACAAGGGGUCACGAUUGAUUAACAACAACAACAAAAUAGACGACUUCCUGUUUGCUUUAUAAAACAUUUCCUCUGAAACUACCACUCCAAAUCCAAUGAAACUUUACAGGAAGCUUCCUUGGGUGACCCUCUUCAAAAAUACAACAAGGGGUCACAAUUGAUCAACAACAACAACAACAACAAAAUGGCCAACUUCCUGUUUUGCUUUAAAAAAACAUCUCCUUUAAACCUACCAGUCCAAAUUCAAUGAAACUUUACAGGAAGCUUCCUUGGGUAACCUUCUACAAAAGUACAACAAGGCAUUGAGAUUGAUUAACAACAACAACAAUCUGGCCAGCUACCUGUUUUGCUUUAAAAACAUCUCCUCUGAAACUACCAAAUUCACUGAAACUUGACAUGAAGCUUCAUUGCAUGACCCUCUACAAAAAUACAACAAGGCAUUGAGAUUGAUUAACAACAACAACAACAAAAUGGCUGACUUACUGUUUUGCUUUUAAACAAAUCUCUGAAACUACCAGGCCAAAUUCAAUGACUGGUACAGUUUUGCAGCUUUGAUAUUUGGUGUGGAGCAUCGUCUAAUGCUCCUCUACUAAGAUUGUUUAAAUUAUGGUUUAAAAUUGGCCCCGCAAUGAGGGUCAUUGGUGAUACAUAGAUAUAAAAGGUUUUCUUUAAGAUAUUUGUUGUGUAACAUUGUAUAUAGGUAACAAAGGUCAAACACUUUUACUCAGGUGAGCAAUUGAGGGCCAUCAUGGCCCUCUUGUUACUCAGGUGAGCAAAUGAGGGUCAUCAUGGCCAUCUUGUUUUAUCAGUACUUUCAAUAGCAAAUAGUUGCGUGUGUCACUAAAAUGCAAGUUCAUUGAUUUCAAUAGCUGUUAAGUACAUGUAAGUUCCAGCUUUAUACCAAUGAAAGAACAUCAAAAUACACUAAACAAACAAACACAAAACAGCAAUCUUAGUACGGUAUACACUAUUGAUAUUGAGGUGGUAACACAUUGAGAGAAUUUUACUGGAAUCCUCUAUGUUAUAGCAAGGGUGAAAGCAGGUUAAAUUAUAUGUGCAGGCACAUCCUACUAGAUGUAGUUGGGGUUUGUGGGGCCCCCAGGGAGUUUUUAUGCCCCCGAAGGUGGGCAUAUUAAAAUCGCACCGUCCGUCCGUCCGGCUCUGUAACUUUCCCUUGUAUGGACAGAUUUUAAAAUAACUUGCCACAUGUGUUCCACAUACCAAGACGACGUGUGGCGUGCAAGACCCGUGUCCCUCCCUCAAAGGUCAAGGUCACAUUUAGUGUUUAUUCACAAUGGAGUGCUGCAUGUAAGGACAUAGAGUAUAGGUUGUCGUGUCCGGGCUGUAACUUUCUCUUGUAUGGACAGAUUUUAAAAUCACUUGCCACAUGUGUACCACAUACCAAGACGACGUGUCGCGUGCAAGACCCGUGUCCCUACCUCAAAGGUCAAGGUCACACUUAGUGUUUAUUCACAAUGGAGUGCUGCAUAUAAGGACAUAGAGUAUAGGUUGUCGUGUCAGGGCUGUAACUUUCCCUUGUAUGGACAGAUUUUAAAAUAACUUGCCACAUGUGUUCCACAUACCAAGACGACGUGUCGCGUGCAAGACCCGUGUCCCUCCCUCAAAGGUCAAGGUCACAUUUAGUGUUUAUUCACAAUGGAGUGCUGCAUAUAAGGACAUAAGAGUAUAGGUUGUCGUGUCCGGGCUGUAACUUUCUCUUGUAUGGACAGAUUUUAAAAUAACUUGCCACAUGUGUUCCACAUACCAAGACGACGUGUCGCCUGCAAGACCCGUGUCCCUACCUCAAAAGUCAAGGUCACACUUAGUGUUUAUUCACAAUGGAGUGCUGCAUAUAAGGACAUAGAGUAUAGGUUGUCGUGUCCGGGCUGUAACUUUCUCUUGUAUGGACAGAUUUUAAAAUAACUUGCCACAUGUGUUCCACAUACCAAGACGACGUGUCGCGUGCAAGACCCGUGUCCCUGCCUCAAAGGUCAAGGUCACACAUAGUGUUUAUUCACAAUGGAGUGCUGCAUAUAAGGACAUAGAGUAUAGGUUGUCAUGUCCGAGCUGUAACUUUCCCUUGUAUGGACAGAUUUUAAAAUAAUUUGCCACAUGUGUUCCACAUACCAAGACGACAUGUCACGUGCAAGACCCGUGUCCCUACCUCAAAGGUCAAGGUCACACUUAGUGGUUAUUCACAAUGGAGUGCUGCAUAUAAGGACAUAGAGUAUAGGUUGUCGUGUCCGGGCUGUAACUUUCUCUUGUAUGGACAGAUUUUAAAAUAACUUGCCACAUGUGUUCCACAUACCAAGACGACGUGUCGCCUGCAAGACCCGUGUCCCUGCCUCAAAGGUCAAGGUCACACAUAGUGUUUAUUCACAAUGGAAUGCUGCAUAUAAGGACAUAGAGUAUAGGUUGUCAUGUCCGAGCUGUAACUUUCCCUUGUAUGGACAGAUUUUAAAAUAACUUGCCACAUGUGUUCCACAUACCAAGACGACAUGUCGUGUGCAAGACCCGUGUCCCUACCUCAAAGGUCAAGGUCACACUUAGUGGUUAUUCACAAUGGAGUGCUGCAUAUAAGGACAUAGAGUAUAGGUUGUCGUGUCCGGGCUGUAACUUUCUCUUGUAUGGACAGAUUUUAAAAUAACUUGCCACAUGUGUUCCACAUACCAAGACGACGUGUCGCGUGCAAGACCCGUGUCCCUGCCUCAAAGGUCAAGGUCACACAUAGUGUUUAUUCACAAUGGAAUGCUGCAUAUAAGGACAUAGAGUAUAGGUUGUCGUGUCCGGACUGUAACUUUCCUUUGUAUGGACAGAUUUUGAAAUAACUUGCCACAUGUGUUCGGCAUACCAAGACGACGUGUCGCGUGCAAGACCCGUGUCCCUACCUCUUAGGUCAAGGUCACACUAAGUGUUUAUUCAAAAUGGAAUGCUGCAUAUAAGGACAUAGAGUAUAGGUUGUCAUGUCAGGGCUGUUACUUUCCCUUGUAUGGACAGAUUUUAAAAUCACUUGCUACAUGUGUUCCACAUACGAAGACGACGUGUCGUGUGCAAGACCCAUGUCCCUACCUCUAAGGUGAAAGAUACACUAAGUGUUUAUUCACAAGGGAAUUCUGAAUAUAAGGACAUAACAGUGUAGGUUGUCAAGUAUGGGUGGUAUUUUUUUUUUAUGUUCAGAGGCAAUUUAAAAUAACUUGCCAUAUGUAUUUGACACGUAAAGGCAAGAUCAACUUUUCAUGUACUGACCUUGUUCGUAGGUCAAUGUCACAUUCGGGGGCAUUCGUCACAUACUGUGACAGCUCUUGUUCAAUCUUUAAUGCAUGUAGAAGUGUUUACUGGCAUAGUUUAGACUAAAACUCUAUGUUUUCUGAAACUGAUGUGCCUAUGUGAAUCUAUUUCAUUGGAUAGCAGAAAGUUCAGUUAUAAUUUUGGAAAGAAAUGAUGAACAAAACUGAAUGAAAGCAAUAGGAAUUUUAGAAUCAUAUAUAUAUGUGGCUUUUCAUGUUUAAUGUUUGGGAAAUAUAAUGUUACAUGUAUUAAGGUCCUAUAAACCUGUCAUCUGAUAAGUAAUUUUAAAAUAAGUAAAUAAAGACUACUUAAGAAAUUGUGCCAAAUGUUUCUUAUUUUAUCACAAUUGAUUUUUAUAUCAUAAUUGCUUUUUUAUUGUCAAUAAAGCUCGUAAACAGUA